UCUACGAACAAUGACACUAGGGGUGUCUCAGGACUAAACGCCACACAGAUUGUGGGACUGCUGGAGCGUUCAAAGGAAAGCUGUCUGAUAAGGCUAAAAUCAUCUUAAAAGGGGCAUGUAAAAGCUUUGGCAAAAUGGGCAGGUGACACUGACUAGAUGUUAAUGAGGAGGACUUACCGCAACUAACUUACCAAAGUGGAAAAGGAUUAUCUAUUUUUUUUAAACCACUACCACUGGAAGUGAGGGCCAGUGAAGCAGGAGAAGCUGGUUGCCACGGAAUGUAUAUUGACAGUUGUCUCUAAGGACUGAAGAGAGACUUGAUAAACAGCUGGACAACAAAAUUCUUCCAAAGUAAUAUAGAGACUGAAUGCCUGUAGCCUGUCAGUCUGAGUGGAGGUUGGCAAGUGAGCAGGGAUGGAUGUGUUUGGUGGAGCACCACGGUUCCUGGCCUACCCUCGUCCUGUGGUAGUACAAAGUGGCACAGAUGCAGUUCUGAAAUGCCAGAUUGGUGGGGAUCCCAGACCAGCAGUUAUAUGGGAGAGAAACAAUGAGAAGAUUCAUCCAGAGGGCAGAUACCGGGUGUUUGAAGAUGGCAAUGUCUAUAACCUUAUCAUAACUUCUGUGACAAUGGAGGACAGCGGGCAAUACAUCUGCAAGGCCAAGAACUGCAUUGGAGAGACUUACGCUGCAGCCACUUUGAAAGUAGAAGGUGAAGCACAGGAGAUGGAAUUUCGGGAGGAAAACAAGCCCCGCUUCCUCAUAAAGCCCCUCUCGACUAGAGUUGGUCGAGGAGAGGAUGCUGUGUUCUCCUGUAAGCUGUGGGGAAACCCUAGACCAGAAGUGAUGUGGGAGAAGGAUGGCAAGAAGUUGAAUGAGAUCUUUGAAAGCACACAUUUCGCCAUGAGCUAUCAGGAUGGAGGAUGGUUCCAACUAAAGAUUUUCAAGACAAGAGCACCAGAUGGAGGGGUCUACACAUGCAAGGCCAGGAAUGAAUUUGGAGAGAGUCUGGCAGGAGCUGUGCUGUUGGUGGAUGCUGGACCAGGACAUGAAGAUGAAGGGAACCGUAACGGUUACACUAACGGCCACUGGAAAGCACAUCAGGGAAAACAGAGAAGUGGUAGGCAGGUUGCGACAAGGCUGAAAGAUGAUCCACUGCCAAACUCAGCCAAAGUGAAAAUGUUUGCAGUGACAGAAGGGAAACAUGCAAAGUUUCGGUGCUAUGUAACAGGGAAGCCAAAACCAGAAAUAUUAUGGAGGAAAGAUGGGAGACUUAUCUUGUCUGGGAGACGGUAUCUUUUGUAUGAAGACAGGGAGGGUUACUUCACACUUAAAGUUCUCUACUGCAAACAACAGGACAAUGGAGUUUAUGUCUGUUCUGCUUCAAACACUGCAGGGCAAACCCUGAGUGCUGUACACCUUAUCAUCAAAGAGCCACCGGUUCGAUUUAAGCAACCACUGAAUGACUUGCAAGUAUGGGAGAGAGACUUGGCUGUUCUUGAGUGUGAAGUUCCUGAGGACUCUGUUCCAAUCACCUGGUACUUAGAAGACAGACGACUACAGCCUGGAGCCAAAUAUGGGAUGGAGGAGUGGGGGACAAAGCGACGACUUACAAUUCGUGAUAUUGGAGUUGAUGACGAUGGGAUAUAUCUCUGUGAGAUGGCUGAUGGGGGCAGAAGCAUUGCUGAGGUAGCAGUCAAAGGUACCAUUGUAAGAAAGCUGCCACGAAAAGUUGACGUUCUGGAGGGGGAAAAUGCAGCCUUCUGUGUAGAAGUGGAGGAGGAGGAAAUGGACAUUCAUUGGUACAAAGAUGGAACAGAACUGAGGGAGACCCAUCAGACCAUUAUCAAAUCCUUUGGAAGGACACACAUCUUGGUUUUUGUCAACACCACACCACAAGACUCUGGUAUGGUCAUGUUCUAUGUGGGUAGAUCUAAGACGUCAUCACAGCUACGGGUGAAAGCUGCAAGGCACUGUCCACCAAGCUGUCCAAUCGGAGUACAGAUAAACACAGAAAGAGCAAAUGCAGCCCUCCUUUCCUGGUUUCCAGCACAAGACUCUCGGAAGAAUCCACCUUCAGGGUAUAUAAUUGAGAGGCAAGAGGUUGUUGGCUCACAGGAGUGGCUGCAAUGUUUGACCACAGACUCUGCAACCUCAGUGGAGAUUCUUGGUGACAGCGUUCCAUGCGAGGCAGACUACAGAUUUCGGAUAUGCAGUGUCAACAAAUAUGGAAGGAGUGGGAAUGUAGAGUUUCCUCGAGCAGUUCACCUUGUCCCAGUUGCCAGAAUACAAGCACCUCUACAAGAUGCUUUAGUGCCAGAGGGCCAGGAUGCCUGCUUUACCAUUGAGCUGUCUGCGUCAGUUUUAGGGACUUGGUUCUUAAAUGGAAAUCAGCUUCAAGACGAUGACCGUUUCUCCAUAAGGCGUUCGCGUACACACCAGUCCCUACGCAUUCGUGGGGUACGGGACACAGACAAUGGAGCAGAGAUCACCUUCAUUGCCUAUGGAAUUAGAGAUUCUGCUGCUUUGUAUAUACAAGCUCCACUGGUAAAAUUCACUCCACUUUCUGAAAUGGAUCGAAACAAAUUUGUGGAGGUUGGCAACCCUAUUGUUCUCUACUGUGAGCUGUCAGACCCUGAGGCUCCAGUUCGUUGGUAUAAGAAUGGUGUUGAACUUCAAUCAAUGGAAGGUCUGCACAUCCAGUCAGAGGGAACAAUGAGGAGGAUUGUCAUCCAAUCAGCUGAUUUCUCCCACUCAGGAGUUUAUAGUUGUGAUGCUAUUGAUGAUGUCAUCAGGUUUAACGUGGAGGUUGAGGCUCCACCAGUGAGGUUCUCCAUUCUUCCGGACCAUGAGAGGAACAAGUCCAUUGAAGCAGGCUCACCGAUAGCACUGCAAUGUGAGCUCUCAGAUCCACUCGCCCAGGUCUCCUGGUAUAAAGAUGGUGUGAAGAUUCUACCGCAAAGUGGACUAGACUUCAAGUCCAAGGGUACAAAGAGGCAACUGAUUGUCCAGUCAGCUGAAUUUUACCACUCAGGAGUGUACAGCUGCAAGACAAGGGGGGAUGCUGUACAAUUCAAUGUGGAUGUUAAAGCCCCACCUGUGAGGUUCUCUGCUGUUCCUGAGGUUAAACGGAGAAAGUGCAUUGAACCAGGCUGCCCCAUUGUUCUGCAGUGUGAAGUUUCAGACUCUACUGCACAGGUCCGGUGGUACAAAGAUGGGUAUCAGCUCCUUGUAGAAUCUGGAGUAGACAUCAAAUCAAAUGACCGCAUGAGAACACUCAGUAUUCAAUCAGCACACCCUUCUCAUGCCGGUGUGUACAGCUGCACAACUAAGGAUGAUGUCAUCAAGUUUCAUGUGGAGAUACGAGCUGCACCAGUGAGGUUCUCAGCUGUUCCUGAAGUUGAGACGAAUAAAUGCAUUGAAGCUGGUGGCCACUUUGAACUCCACUGUAAGGUGUCAGACCCUACAGCCCAAGUCAGCUGGUUCCACAACGAUAUGCAGCUUCAACCCGAGACUGGUUUGAAUAUUCAAUCAGAGGAAGAUGUAAGGACACUGGUAGUCAAUCCAGCUGAGCCCAUUCAUUCUGGAUUGUACCGCUGUGAAUCAUCCGACGACUCUGUCCAUUUCACUGUGGACAUCAAAGCUUCGAGGACAAAUUCCACACCAAUUUGUGGAAUGGAUGAAAGCAUUGACACAGACUGUUCCAGUGUACUGCUAACUGAGAAAUAUAAACACACAAUCCAAGAAAAACCUAUAUCCUGCCAAGAAGAUGAGACAACCGUAAUAUUCAAUAAACCUAAAGCACAGAAAGAGCUCAUCCAGUCAUCAGAGAUGUGUUUGCAAGAAGCAUAUGAGACUGUUACCAAGGAUGAAUUUGUUGUACAUCAAGAGGAUAUGAAAGAACCUUGUCAUAAAGUAGAAUUCUUUACACUACCACCAGAAGAUGAAGCUGUCAGACCCAUUGAAGGUGAUUCUCCAGUUCAUUGUUACAAGGACAGAAUACAGUUCUACUCUGAAAAUGGACAUACGCUUGAAUCAGAGGAAAGUGUGCGAAGACUGAAUGUUCCAGCUAUAGGCUUGGGUCAAUCAGGUGUAAACAACUACAAGGCAAAGGAUGAUGACAUAAUAUUUAAGGUGGAUGUCAAAGCUACAUCUUUGCAAACUUCAACUAUCCAUGAGACUGACAGGAGCAAGUCAAAUGAUGGAACUGAUAUUGCUAAUUUUCCACAACCUGAGGUAUCGAGCACAAUGGCAGAGGUGUGCUGGUACAAGGAAGGUGGGGAACUCCAAGAAUGCGACAUUAUCACCCAAUCUGAGGAGACUUUCAGAGCUCUUGUGAAAACAGCCGAGCCGUCUCACUCAGGAGAACAUGCUUGUGAGACAGAUGAUGUCACCGUCCAGUUUGCAGUGGACCUACCAGCUCCACCUGUGACGUUCUCCAGUGUCCCUGAGGCUCAGCGGUCCAUAUGCAUUGAGUCAGGAAGACCCUUUAAACUACAAUGCGAAGUCUCAGACCCUGAUGCACAAGUCUGGUGGUACAAAGAUGGGAAUGAGGUGCUUCCUCAAGAUGGUAUGGUUACUGUGUAUGAGGAAGCCAUGAGAACACUAUCUGUGCAAAGUGCUGAAUUAUGUCACAGCGGAACUUACAGCUGUCAGACAAACAAUGACGCCAUCUCAUUCCUUGUGGAAAUCAAAGAAGUGGAGAAGAACAAGUCCACUGAAGUAGACUCACCAAAUGUUCUGAAAUGUGAUCUAUCAGACGUUACCACAGAGGUGCUCUGGUGCAAAGAUGGUAGAGAGCUGGCCCCAAACCCUGGGCUCAAUUUCCAAACAGAUGGAAAUAUGAGGAAACUAACUUUUCAAUCAGCAGAAAUGUCUGAUACUGGAAACAACACCUGUCAUGCUUCAGGUGAUACUGUAUCAUUCAAGGUGGACAUUCAAGCACACCCUGUUAGGUUCUCAGCACUCCCAGAAAUUGCAAGGAACAAGUUUAUCGAAGCAGGCUGUCCCAUUAUACUUCAUUGUGAAAUCUCAGACCCUACUGCCCAAGUUUCCUGGCUCAAAGAUGGAGUCGAACUCCUACAAGACAGUGGACUUGACAUCCAGUCAGAGGGCACUAUGAGGAGAAUGAUCAUCCAAUCAGCUGAGCUCAAAAACUCAGGCAUGUACAGCUGUGAGGCUGUAGAUGAUCGCAUAGCAUUCAAGGUGGAUGUUGCAGCACCUCCUGUGACAUUUGCCUACAUACCAGAAGAUGAUCUGCACAGAAAUAUUGUGGAACAAGACAAUCUACUCCUUUGCUGUCAAGUGUCCAGGUCAGAUGCUUCUGCACAAUGGUACAAGGAUGGAGUAGAGCUAAAGCCUAAUGACAACGUCCUCAUAGAGGCAGAAAACACUAUACGAAGACUGAUCAUCCUGUCAGCUCAACUCACAGAUUCUGGGAUGUACACCUGUCGUGCUGGAGAUAGUGCAUUAACAUUUAAAGUUAAUGUAAGAGAACCUCCAGUGAUGAUUGUAUAUCCCAAGGAAGAUGUCCACCUUGAUCGCUAUGUUCCUGAAGAAAUUGUCCUCAGCUGUGAACUUUCACGGCCAAAUGGAAAGGUGACAUGGUUCAAGGAUGGACAGAAACUACAGGAGAGUGAAAACAUAAAGCUGAAGUCAGAGGGUCCGUACAGACGAUUAAAAAUUCUGCGCAGUGGUGUUGAGGACUCAGGAGAAUAUGUCUGUGACACAGCUGAUGAUUCAAUAUUCUUCAAUCUAAACAUUAAAGAACCACCGGUGCGCAUAGUUUCUCCAAGCCAGUCCCAAAUGGAACUUUGCCAACAGACUUCAGAGAGGAUGGUCCUGAGCUGUGAAAUCUCUAGACCAAACGCCACUAUACGUUGGUAUCGAGAUGGACUUGAAGUGGAGGAGAGUGACAGCCUAAUUCUGGAGGUUGAUGGUGUCUAUAGGAGACUUAUUAUCCCAAAACCAACUGUCAAAGACUCUGCAGAAUAUGUCUGUGACACUGCUGAUGACUCAGUGACCUUCUUUGUAAACAUCGCAGAGCCACCAGUUAGAUUUAUUCGACCAAGGAAAAUGGCUUAUGGAGUAGAUAAACUUGUUGGAGACAUUGUGGUUCUUGAGUGUGAAGUGUCUCGACCAAAUGCUGAAGUUAGUUGGAAGAAGGAUGCAGAAGAGAUUGAGGAGAACAGCAACAUAACUAUCACAGAGGAUGGCACAAGUCGACAGUUAACCAUUCACUCCGCAGCUUUUGAAGAUGCAGGGCAAUAUGUCUGUGAUGCUAGAGAUGAUGUGAUGGAUUUCCUAGUGAAAAUCAAAGAUCCACCAAUAAAAAUUCUGCGGAAAGCUGACAUAGAAACAAAACGCAGAUUUGUAGUAUCUGAUGCCAUUGUGUUGAAAUGUGAGAUCUCAAGAGCAAAUGGGGUGGUCAGUUGGCUUAAAGACAAUGAGAAGAUUGAGGGAAAUGAGCAUUUCAUCUUUGAAGAGGAAGGAACAUUCAGAUCCCUGAUUGUCCUGAGCGCUGAGUUGAAGGACUCAGGGGACUACAUGUGUGAUGCACAAGAUGAUAAAGUUCUCUUUAGUGUUACUGUAGAAGAGGCUCCAGUGUCUAUUGUUGGAAAUUCAGAGAAGCCAGAACACCACAUUUUAAUGACAGGAGAUGAGCUUAUCUUGGAAUGUGAGGUAUCCCGAGUAAAUGCUAUAGUCCAGUGGUACUUCAAUGGACGUUUACUGCAAGAGGAUUCACGCACACACAUUAAAAGCAGAGACACAACGAGGAAGCUUGUGAUAUCAGAACUUCAGACAUCUGACUCUGGAGACUAUCUGUGUGAUGCCAUUGAUGACAAAAUGACAACUAGACUAACAGUUCAAGAACCACCAUUCAAAUUCAUCAAAAAAGAUGAAAGAACAAAUAUUUCAGCCUAUGAAGAAGACAGUGUGACACUACGUGCCACUGUUAACAGGGUCAAUGCCUCAGUUAAAUGGCAGAGAGGCCAUGAUCCAGUCAGAGGUGAUCGUUUCCACACAACAAGUGAUGGUAACAAACACUACCUCACUAUUAACCCUCUUAAGAGAUGUGAUACUGGAGAAUACACAUGUCAUGUGGGAUCUGACAAAAUGCAAUUCAGUGUCCAUAUUAAAGCAAUGAAAGUGAAAUUCUCCAAACCACUAGACAACGUAGUGGGACUCAAAGGUAGUGAUGUGGUUUUAAAAUGUGAACUGUACAAGUCAAAAGGAGAUGUUCAGUGGCUUAAGGGAAGCCAAGAGAUUGCACCAAACAGACAUUUUACAAUCAGAGCUGAGGGUCGAGUGAGAAGCCUGACAAUACAUGAUGUGACAGAAGAUGAUGCAGGAGAGUAUGCUUGUGAAUCUAAAGAUGAAAGGACAUCUGCAACUGUAGUGGUCAACGUUCCUCGCAUUGUGGAGUUUAUUGGAGAGCUACACAACAUAACUGUCAUGGAAGGAGAAGACGCAAUAUUUAAGUGUGUGGUAUCUCCAGAAGAUGCAAAGUUGGCCUGGUUUAAGAAUGGCCAGCUGAUUUCAUCAAAUGAGAAGUUCAACAUCUCAAGUAAUGGAUUAUGCCAUAUGCUGCAUAUCAACAACUGCGUAGUGUCAGAUAGCUGCAAGUUGACAGCCGAGGCUGAAGGUGUGAUUUCCAGAGCUAUCCUACAGGUCCAAGAGGCACAGGUGCUUUUCACGAAGAACAUGGAGCCGGUGGUUGCAGAGGAGUUUGGUGAGGCAACACUUGAGGUGGAGGUCAGCCAUGAGACUGCGGAGGUGCAGUGGAUGAGACAAGGAGUGGUAAUACAUCCAGGGUCCAAGUUCACCCUGAGGCAGAAUGGCCAAAAACAUUCUCUCACAAUCCACAAACUCACCCUUUCAGACCGUGGCACCUACAGCUGUGAAACGCUUCAUGACCGCACACAAGCCAAGCUCACUGUGGAACCACGAAAAAUCAAGAUUCGGAAAGGUCUAACUGCGAUCCAGACUUACGAACGGGAGACGGCUUCUUUUGAGGUGGAGCUGUCACAUGGCAAUGUGGAUGGUGUGUGGCAGAAGGAUGGGCACAUUCUCAAAAACAACAACCGCUUGCGUAUGACAGCAAAAGGACGAGUACACAGCCUAACCAUCGCCAACCUGACCUUGGAUGACACUGGCAGCUACAUAUUCUCUGUUGAGAACAUCAGAUCACGAGCAAGAUUGGAAGUUAAAGAAAUUCCAGUAACAAUUCUGAAAAAGCUUGAGGAUAUCAGGCAACCAGAAGGAUCUGGCAUAACCCUUGAAUGUGAGCUCUCACGCCACAACGUGGAAGUCAAGUGGACAAAGAAUGAAGUUCAGCUUAAACCAGGAAAAAAUCAUCGCAUUUACUCGAUGGGAAGAAAGUGCUUUCUACAGAUACUGAAGUGUGAGCUGGGAGACUCUGGUUUAUAUGUGUGUGAUGCUGGGGAUGCCAUUACCUCCUGUUCAGUGGAUAUCUAUGAGAGGGAGCUUGAGAUACUACAAAGCUUAGAGGAUCUGGAUAUUCAAGAAGGUCAGAAUGCAGUGUUCAUGUGUGAAGUGUCCCUGGACGAUGUGUCCGGAGAGUGGUAUAAAAAUGGCGAGAACAUAAAACCAACCAGUACCGUUAAGAUUCGUCAGGAAGGGACAAAGCAAUUCCUCCUCAUAUGCAAUGUUAAAGAAGACGAUUCUGGAGAGAUCAAGUUUGUUGCAAAAAAUCUCGAGACUACAGCUAACCUUGAGGUGGAAGCACUACCAGCAAACAUUGUGAAACCACUUCAGGACAAGACUGCUCUGGAAAAAACCCGCGUCAUAUUGGACUGCACUGUGACCAAUCCACGUUGCAGCAUUCGCUGGUAUAAGGGACCGAAUGUCAUCCUGCCCUCAGAGCGCUUUGAGAUCUGCAGUGAAGGGUGCUAUCGAAAACUUGUGAUUCAGCAGGUGUUGCUAGAAGAUGAGGGCACCUACAGUGUCCAAGUUGGAAACUACACAUCUUCAGCAAAACUAACUGUUGAAGCUCAGUCAGUCCUAAUGGUGAGAGAGCUGCAGGAUGUGGAUGUGACCGCUCCUGCAGAUGCAAGCUUUGAAUGUGAAGUAUCUUUGCCUGUGGCCAAGGCACCUACCUGGACCCUGAAUGGGGAGACACUGCAUCCUGGUCCUAAAGUUGUGGUGGAGAAAAAUGGAACCAUUCAUAGGCUCAUUCUCAAACAAACAUCUGAAGACAUGAGCGGCACAGUAUGCUUUAUCACAGGGAGAGUCAAAAGCACUGCACAUCUGCAAGUCAUAAGUAACCGCUGAGCUGUAAUACUCGACUACGCCACUUUUUAAAUACAAAAAUACCAAAUGAAAUGAUGAAACUAUUAUCUGUUUUAAUGUGUCUGAAAGAGAUAGGUCUAUAAUUAAUUUAUUUGAAAUGCAAAUUUAAAAUCGUUAUUAUUCUGUUUUACACAUCAUAUCCUGCUCUACGUUCAUUACAUAAUAAUUGUCAAGUUUUUCUAAAUUUAUGAUCUCAAACAUUGUGCUUUAUAGGCUACACAAAAUGAACAACAGACACCCAGACGUGUAUUUCAUCCAUGUUGUUACUGCUUAAAUUUCUUGCACAUUAAAUUGGUAUUUAAUUUUGAAAAUUGUGUACUACUGUAUAUCCUUGUAUAGAUAUGCUUUGUGUCGUUUUUUAAAUUCUUAUUUGUGGGAUGCAGAUUGAAGUGAGGUUAAGGCAAAAUAAAAAUCUGCAGGGCCAAAGAUGAUCAAAAGAGGGUUUGGGACGGAAAGGAACUUAAGCAUAUAUAACAAAUACACUGAAUUCAAGAAUACAGACAUUUUACAAGCUAGGGAAACAUUUACAAAUAAAUGAAAACGGUUUUGAUAGCUUUAGUUGUUUGCUUCUGUUGUAAUCAGAAGGUAUGUCACAAUUCUUGCCUUUUUCUGAAGUAUCCAGAUAUCCAAAAGUGCUGCAAUUUUCCCUUGUUAAGCAAUAUCUUUCAAUAAAACUUAAAAACAAAUUU